AUGGCACCAGCUGAUGUAGAGGACACUAGGGCAAACAUUCUUGCAGACACAGGCGCGCAGAUUGCUGAGGAUGAGCAUGAGGGAUUUCCGGGUGGUCCGAGCGACCUAUCCGUGCUGACCCAGUAUGCGGAUCACGUUGCUUGCAGCAUAUGGACGGAAGAGGAGUGUCCUGAGUUGAAGUUAUCCUCUCACGGGAGGAAAGUCCAUAGUUUAGGCAGGCUUGUCCCUGCCAUUGAAGGACUAGUUGCUGGGACAGGACUAAGUCCUUUGAUCGCGUGUUCGGUAGACACCGACAAUCGGGGACUGCUGUCCUCGUUUGUCGAGCAGCGGAACCAGGAGACGUCUAGUUUCCAUCUCCCAAUGGGAGAGCUCACGAUCACGCUGGACGACGUCUCCUCAAUUCUACAUCUACCAGUGGUUGGCGACUUGCACGCCUUUCAGCCCUUGCACGUGGAUGAUGCGGUUCAGAUGCUGGGGGACUUAUUGAUGGUCUCUGUAGAGGAUGCCAGAGCUGAGACAGGGAAGUGUCGUGGGUCGUACUGCUGGAUUUAUGAGCACUUUCCCUCAGUCGCGGAGUCCACUACUGAUCGGGACUACGACGAGGAUUCCCCGCGUGCAUGUAGGUGGAUUGCGAUGAAGAAGACCGUGAAGAGCAAACGUACAGUGGCGUACAGGGAGCGCCUGAAUCGACUCCGGAUUCGAGAUGAAGUUUGCCAUGAGAUUGCUGAGAGGUUGGAGCGUCAUCUUAGUCUAGAGGUGGUCACCCCAGGCUCAUCGACACAUGAGGUGAUCGAAGAAUGCCUCAAGAUGGCCAGAAGUGUGACACAUGACCAACUAGUAUAUGUUAGAUCUCGACGCAAGCGGCGCACAGAUUAG